AUGAUGCUAUGCGAUACAUUGAUACAAUCAUGUCUAUUCAUUUUUUUCUCGUUUCUUAUUUAUAAUACUCGUGGUCAUGAACACCAUAGUCAAAUAGAUCCUGUAACAACAAAAUAUUCUCAAUCAGCUAUUAAUGUUGAACCUCUUAGUAAAUAUAUAGAAACUUCGACUAUUCAAAACAAUAACUUUCAACAACUGAAUGAUGACGAAAGUUUGCAAGAUACCAUAGACGCUCGCCUUUUAGCUAAACAUAAUCUACGCCAAUCAGUUCAUCAAGAUAAUGAGGAUGAUGCUUCUGAAAAUGAAGAAGAAUAUAUCAAUAAGUUGAAUUCAGCAUUGGAAAAAGACUAUUUAAGUGAAUCGCAACAUCAAUAUGAAUCUCCUCAUGCUAUAGAUACUAUUAAUAAGACACCAUCGCAGAAUUUACUAAAAGAAGAUGUUCAAGUACCAUUACGCACUAUAAACGAAACUAGAUCUUCUCCUACACCUAUACAAACAUCAAAUCAACGACAAGAACAAACUAGUGAUGGACUAUCAUUGACAGAAGCAUCUCCAACAAGUGAUACAUUGAUACACACCAAAACUUCAGAUGCUGAAUUGAAUUUGAAACAAACUUCUGAUAAAAUUAUAUCUCGAGUACAAGUACCAUCCAAUGAACAGAAACCAGCAGAUAUCGUCCAAGAAAAAGUGACGAAAGAAAAUGUUUUAUCUGAUUCUAGCGAAACUAUACCAUUAGCACCACUUCACCAGCCAACAGAGACAGUUCAAGCAGUGAAACCUGCAAAUAAUCAUAUUCCACCUUCUUCUAACCAACAACAGCCUCCCAAUAUAAUUACCAACUAUAAAUUACAAGAUAAUGAAUUGCUAGAUGCUAAUACUUCUACUGCAACACCAUUAAAAUCAGAUCAAUCACAACAACUGAAGUCUGAUACAAUCAAAAAUGUCGAUACACUCGAUAUUAAACCAGUACCGGAAGCAAUACCAAAUGACCGUUCAUUGGACCUUAAUUUAAAAGAAAAACCAUCUGAUACAAUAAAAAGUGUCGAUUCGUCCACGAAUAAAGCAGAUCGACAACAACAAGAACCAUCCGAUACAAAACACAAUGUUGGUUCGCCCGAUCUUGAACCAACUAGAACAGAACCAGUACAAAAUGAUCCCCCAUCGAGUUCAACUACAAAACAACAACAAGCAACGGAUAAAAUACAAGCUAUUGCUUCGCUUGACGCUGCACCAACUAGAGCAGAACCAGUUCAAAAUGAUCCCCCAUCGAGCUCAACUACAANAAAUCUACUUCAAAACAACAAGAAGCAUCCGAUAAAAUACAAUAUUUUGGUUCGCCUGAUGUUGAACCAACUAGAACAGAACCAAACCGAGCCAGUCCAGAACGAUCCGCCCUCGAGUUCAACUACAAAACAACAGCAAGCAACGGAUAAAAUACAAGCUAUUGCUUCGCCUGACGUUGCAUCAACUAGAACAGAACCAGUAUCGAACGAUUCUCCACUAGACUCCACUGCAAAACACCAACCAACUGAAAAAAUACAAAAAGUUGCUUCACAUGACCCUACAACACAUCAACAGCAAUCAACACCCGAAGCAAUACCAAAUAAUCCUUCAAUAGAUCUUAAUUCACGACAACAACAACAACAACCAGUUUUGGAUGCAACAAAAAAUGUUGAGUCACUCGAUAUUACAGUAGAUCAACAGAAGCUAGCGUCUGAUAAAGUACAAAAUUCAAAACCAUUAGAUCAAGACCCAUCUUUUGCAACAACAAUAAAAGUAGAUCAAAAGCAACAUGUAACUGAAUCGGUAGAAAAAUUAGGCUUAUCAAAUGAACAGCAACGGAGUGCAGAAACUAAAAAAGAUAUCAGUCCGUUAGAUCUAACAGAAAAAGUUUUAGAAAAAACACGAAGCAUUGAUUCAACGGAUCCAUCUACAUCGCCAAUACAGUUAGAAAAACAACCAGAAGUUAUUAGCACUACGCAGACAACGCCAACUAGUAUAAAAUUAGAUAAAAGUUUAUCUGAUGAAAAUAAGUCUCCAGAAAUUGUUCAGACAACAACGCCGCCGCCAGCAACUACAACAACAGCGAGAAUUUUACGUUCGGCAACAGCACGCAUGGCUCAGGCAGCGCAAGCAGCUCAAGCACGUUUUCGUCAAGGUCACCAGCAUCAAGAGCAACAAAAAAGACAACAAGAAUCAAAACAAAACUCACAAACACAAGGGCCCACUGUCGAACUGAAAUCGCCACCAAACGUUAUGCCUAUCAUUGAACCAACAAUAUCGUCAACAGUCAAUCCCAAUGUAGAAUCCGCAGUUCCAGCUAAAGUUAUAUCUACUAUUGAACCAACAAUAUCGUCAACAGCCAAUCCCAAUGUAGAAUCUGCUGUUCCAGCUAAAGCUAUAUCUGCUAGUGAACCGAUCCUAUCGUCAACAGUCAGUCCCAAUGUAGAAUCGAUAGUUCCGGCAAAGGUUGUAUUAACAGAAUCCUCAACAAUAAUUUCCAUGAUUGAAUCAACAACGCAACCUAUUGUUGAAAAAGAUGAUGAUUCAACGGAAUCAUUGUCAUUAAAACCACAAGAGCCUGAUAUUGAAACUAUUGUUGAACCAGCAACAGAUGUUAACAUCGACAAUGAUAUUCCAGUAGAAAGUGACAAAGAAAUUGAGGAAGUCAAUGAUAUGGAUGAUCUUCCGCGUCAAGUACAUGUACAUGAUCCACAAGAAAUACUCAAUAAGCUUAGUAAAGAAUCACAUGAAAAUGAAAAACUAUCUGUUGAUCACGGCAAGGACAGCCAAACAACUGUUACUUCGGUUUUCGCUAGUGAUCACAGUCCACAUCUACCACGUAUUAUUAAAGAUGAAGAAAAAGAAUCAACUACCGAGUCAAAUAUGGAAACCCUAAGAAGUACUAUUGAAACUAUAAAUAACGAAAAUGAACAGAAUGAACCUCUCAUUCAUAGUGAUCCAAAAGUUGACGAGACAAAUAAUUCACUAAAGACAAAUUCAAUAUCAAAUAAUAGUGAAAAAAUCUUACCAAUGAAAUACCGUCAAGUUUGUUGGCAUUUACCUAGAUCGUUUGAAUCCAGUAUGGAAUUAAUAGAAAAUAAACUAUUGCGUCUUAUUGACUUUUUACCUGAAUUCAUUCAAACGAUAUUAUUCGGACGUAUUAAUGAUCGUGAAAAAAUCAUGAAUACAAUAUGGUUUGGUUCAUUAUGUACGAUGUGUUUGUUAUUUAGUUUACUUUUUCUUUCAAUGGGUACGAGACGGUUAAAACAAAGCAAAGAAGAAAAAACAUUUCGUGCUCGCUGUCAACAACUACAACAAUAUAAUAAUCAAAUUGAACUUGAACGUGCUACAUUUGAAAAACAAAAUCAAGAAUUAUCUGAUCAAAUUGAUGAAUUGAAAAAAAUACCUGUAUCGGAUACAGAUGAAGAACUGUUUGAACUUCGUGAAAAAUAUGAACGUCUUCAUGCCGAAUGGAAAAUUGCACGAAGUGAAGCUGAUGGCUUACAGAAUGAUAUUGAUUACAAAGAUAGUCUAAUACAAAAAUAUGAAUUUGAUACUCAACAGCAAAUAGAAACAAUCACACUUUUGAAUGAUGAACUUCUACGUCACAAGCAAGAAUUAGAAAAAGAACGUGAAACUCUAGCUCGACUACAAUCUACUGAUCUAUCGUUAGAACGUUUUGAAAAAUUACAAGAAAUAAUAAAUGAACUUAAAUCUGAAAUUAGUCAAUUGAAACAAGAAAAAUUUGCUCAACAAGAUCAAUUAGAGGAAGCACAGCAACAAGCUAAUCAAUUAGAUAUUGAUAAUAAUGAAUUGGCGAUUAAAAUGAAACAACUUAAAGAUUUACUUGAACAACGCGAUGAAACUAUAGCUCAGAUUCGAGAAAAAAUGCUUAAUAAUGAUGAUGACGAUGAUGAAGAAAAAGCGACAGAGCUAACUAAUUUACUUUCAACAGUUACAGAAAAUACAAAUGAAAAUGACCAACAGGAACUUUUAUCAAAUGUAAAUCAUGAUAUUGAAAAAGCAAAUCAACAUAUGAGAAAUUUACAUAUAGAAAUCGAUGAGAAAACUCGUCGUAUUAAAGAACUUGAUGCAUUACUCAAUCAAGAGAAAGAUCAUUGUAGAGAACUUGAAACAAAAUUAAAAGUUGUUUUAGAAUUACGAGAACGAGAUGCUCAUUUACAUAUACGUCAAUUGGGACAAACCGACGCUGAAUUACGUAAAGCAAGAACAGAUACAGAACGUGUUCGAAUUUUGCAACAACAAUUAGAUCUGAAACAAAAACAACUAGAAGAUGUACAAAAAGUUCUUACUAUCGAACAAAGUAAAUUCAGUGAAGACUCUGGCAAACUACAACAUGAAAUACAUGAAAAAUGGAUGGAAGUGAAACGAUUGACACGAGAACUUGAUGGAGCUAGAAAAGAAUGUGAAAGUCUAAGAAAACAAAUAACUAAAUAUGCACACAGUGAACGGUCAUCUCUCGAGAAGACAAUGCAUAGGCCUAUACCACAACAUAUGAAUAAUACUAGUCGAUUAUCCAAUGAACAAGAAAUAAAUAGUAGUUCUCCACCUCUACCACAUCCUUAUCAACAAGGGGACAACUUUAGACCGAUUGAUCAUGAACGUAAUGAGUCGGGGGCUGCUAGUCCAGCUGAAAUGCUUAGAAUUCGACCGCCUAUGUUCGGCCCACCACGUGUUCCAUUUUUUCCACCCCCAUUUAUGGGUCCACCUAAUCCAUUCAUGAUGGGUCCACGAUUUCCAAUGUCAGUUGGCGGACCACACGGAAUGCUAUCACCUAUUUCACAUUUAAUCACGAAUGGUAGUGCAGGUGGUAGUGAUGCAAAUAGUUUUGAAAUUGUUGACUCAGCUAAUAUAACACCUAAUUCGACUAGUUACGAUGCACAACUAAAUGGAUCAGCUGUAUCGCCUGUGCCUAAUGGAGACGAGGACCAAACAGCAGUAAAACCCAAAAAACCAAAGAAAAGUACUAAGAAAAAGACUAAAACAUCUAUCACAUCACCACCAACGCAGGAAGUAUGA